AUGGAUAAACUAGUGGGUUUAAUAAAAAAAGCGCCAAAAUCACGUGACUACAAUGACGAUGACGUAAUAGAUCGAUUGAGUUCCAGGUACACGGUUGUCAUGUUGAUUUGUUUCUCGUUGCUCGUUAGCAUGAACCAGUACGUGAGGAAUCCAAUAACAUGCAUGAUACCCUCCUCUCUUAAAGGUAACGAGAAGUUUGCGACGAGUUUCUGCUGGAUUCGAAACACUUACUACAUAACGUGGGAUACAAUACUGGAGCAGGCUGGUCGCAAUUCAAACAAACAAACCGUUGCUUAUUAUCAAUGGAUACCUUUUGUUCUCGUUGCUCAGGCAGUUUUAUUCUACCUUCCAUCAGUCAUAUGGCACAGUUUGAACAGCAGGUCCGGUGUCGAUGCUGACAACAUUCUAGCAGCCGCCCACACAUUUUCAUUAACUGAUAAAGUGGAGACGAGAGAUCGAACGAUGAAAAUGCUUGUUCAGCAGAUACACAGAUUUCUUAAAAGCCACACGGUCGAUCAUAAAAAGAAAAGAAAGAAAAAUUGUUGCGGUUGCAAGGGGAGGCAGUGCGUUGGCACGAGAAUUGGCAAUUACUUGGUAAUCAUCUUCAUAAUAUCCAAAAUCUUCUAUCUGCUAAAUAUAUUCGCCCAGUUAUAUUUCCUCGGAAGACUCAUGUCGACCAACUUCUUCCAAUUUGGAUUUCAUCUCUUUUCCCAGAUUAUUGACAAGAUCGAUUGGACCAUUGAGGAGGAAGUUGUUUUCCCAAGGGAAACUUAUUGCGAUAUCAAUAUAAUAGGCCUAGAUGCGGGGAAUCGUCAGAACUUCACACUUCAAUGCGUGCUGCCGGUGAACGCGUACAACGAGAAGAUCUAUUUGUUCCUCUGGUGCUGGAUGAUGUUCCUCGCCGUCGCGACCUCCUGCUGCUUGCUCAUGUGGCUGCUCAGAAGUCUCUGCACUGCAGACAGGGAGAGGUUUGUUAAGAAUCAUGUCCUGGAUGCCACUGGAUUGAAACAAGAACAAAAAAAUUUAGAACAACAACCGGCCUCAAAACAACCGAAAUCUACAUACGACACAGUUGUAUCACAAGAGAGAUCCGGGAAACUAUCCAUAGAGAAACUAUCAAAUGCCAAUGAUAAAUCCUACACACAUGGACAACCCAAUCCAAUUAGAGGGGCAGAUUACAUUGUCUUGAUAGCAAGCGAGGAUGUGCACGAAUUCAACCGCAACAUAAAAAGGUUUUGCCGGAAGUAUCUCAUGCAAGAUGGCGAACUACUCCUGAGACUGAUAGCUCACAAUACAGAUCACGUGACCACCACAGAAGUCAUUUACGAGGUGUGGAAAAAUUGGCUAGACGUGGAGAAAAGUAUGGAUAAAAAAUGGAGCGUCAGCGGUGAAUCGAAGAGAGAGAAGAAGAAAGGCGAGGAAAAGUUGGAAAAGACGAACAACACAGAUGCAGCGGGACAUCUUUUCAAGGGGUUCAUGAAGAAUAAAAAUAACAAAAAUAUUUCAAACGUUUGAUUGGUUGAAUUUGUUAGUAGUAUGUAAAAAUUUUCACGAACAGAUUUUUUUAAUAUCGAAUAUUGUUGAAUACUUCAAUAAUAAUAAUAUUUAAUUUACAGUAUUUAUAUCAAUAUUUUUUCUAUUAAGAAUAAAAUGAUACCUAUUUUGAGAAAUUGAUUCAAUUAACGACUUAAUUCGUUUU